AUGAACCUCUUCAAUGCAUCGGUUUUUUCAUUGUUUCCCCAAUUUUUCCAAAAUACAGAAAUUGCAGAACGAACUAAUACGAAACCUGAACAUCGCAUCAGGCGGAGUCAAUUUUUCCGUGAUGCCUUUGGCUUCUGAUCAAAAGAAUGAAAUGUUUGGACAAAACUUCUAAAAAAAUUAAUUUUUUUAAAAAAACUUUCCAGGGUCAAGAUCUUACAAACUGGAGAAAUAAUGGUAGUGGGCCUUGAGGAAAGCGAAAUAGUACACGAAUACGCCGACUCAAACAGCUUUCGCUUUGUAGGGGUGAGAAUCUUCUCAAGUUGUGUAUUCAGAAAGAAACUUUUCAGCUCUCCUACACGCUUGGGAGGUUAGAGAAGAUAGGCGGAUUCGUGUUCGCUCAGCCAACAAAUCUGGAGAAGAAGAGAACGUAGGCCAAUGAUUCAAAGUCGAAGUUUGAUAACUUAUUAUCUUUUGAGAGUCAUUGCGAAUUUCUUCGUCGAAGUUCUCAAGGUAUUUUACCAAGAAGCUCAUCAGCUCCCUAGUCGGAUAGUCGUCCAGAGCUCUCGUUACAACAACGAGCUUUUCGACACCGUAAGUUCUCGAGCAUGGAAAAUCAAGUGCCAAAAUGAAACGAUUGAAUUUUCACCAAUUCGUUGGAAACUCAAAUUUUCAACUGAAUUCAACAACGGAGGGCUUAAUUUUUCUUGUGCCUACGUCCAAACCUUUCUCAAGUCCAUAUAAUCCAAAUUUAUAACACCAAACGUUACCAUUUUUCCACCCCUCGACUCAAAUUCUAAACUCAAAUUUAUAGGCAUCGUUCUUGAAAACGAUAGCAAAAGCUCUGAGAGAGUGCCACGAUUUCAAGGUUUUCAACUACCGAAGACCUUAUGCCCCAGAGCUCUUUUUGGUGGGAUCCAUGCCGAACCACGGCUCGAAGUGCGUUUUUUUUUUUUUGAAGUUUAAAACUGCAACGAAUUUUUCAGAUUCGCCGUGAAAAGGGAGCAAGGGAGGCCAGGAAUUGGAACUUUCGGAUCGUCACGAAAGUUUUAUUCGGGACCUGAAUUUAGCUCUUUCUGGGUCUCAAAGGAAGUCGACGAGGACGUCGGUUCUUUUUUUCUGUUUUUAAUAUUCUUUUGAAAACCUUUCGAUGGAAAUCGUUUUUCAGAUCUACUCUCCGCCGGAGUUGUACUUGCUCAGUAAGUACCGUGGAGUCGUGUCGGAAGAAGAGGAAACGUUGAUGGGAAUGCUUCUUUUGACUCUUUCUGUUGAUCAGACGACGGGCAAACCGGAAAAGGGAACGACUGUCGCCAGAGCGGCAUGCACCCUCUCCCAAUUCUCGGGCGAAACGCUCCUCAGCGUUUUGUGAGUUUUUUUCCAACUUCAAUAAUUAUAACGCAAUUUCUCUAAGACUUUAUUGAGUAACGUUUCCUGAUCGUUAGCAGUACAAGGAAACCGACUUUCGAAAAUCCGCCAACAUCUCCUGCCGAGUCUUCUAGAAUUAAAAACGUUACUAACUCCUUUAAGUUGGAAUUUAGUUUAGCUUUUUGCCAGCCCUACCUUCCUGAAGUUAGAACUUAUUUAUAACUGAUUAUCCGUGCUUUGCUUGCUGAGUAAGCAAAAUAAAAGUUUGAUAAAGUAACAGUAUUUUUAGAACUUGAUCCAUUUGCAGAGAAAACAAGAGGCUCGUCAGAGAAUGGACCAUCAACGAUCAAAUUACCCACACCAUGACGAAAAAGCGACGGCCUUUCUGGAUGUGAAAAGUAACUCUUUCCCAGUUCUUCAUUUUCUUUGUCCUUUGUUUCGUUUCCUGAUAUAACCGGUGCUCCUUUCGCCACCAAUCCGUUGUUUUUACCCAUUUGUUUUUCAUCGUGAUUUUUUUUAAAAAUCUUCUACCGUUUUCUUUUUCCCACCUAUUGAAUUUGAUCCCUAUCUAUUUGUUCCAUAGGCAAAGUCGGAAGGGUGAAAAUGACUCCUUAUUUGCGCCAUUUUAUCGGCUUUUAUGCAGCAUUUUGCUGCCCCUCCCCCUUUCCCACCAUUUCUUGAGCCUUUGAAGCUGUAGAGAAAAAAGGAAAGGUUUCAAAAUGGGACUCUGUUUUCUGCCCUUCUGCAGUCUUUAUUCAAACUCCAAUGUAUUUUUUCAAUCAACAAUUUACCAAUUCCUUUUGAAACAUAUUCCUUUAUGUGAACUUGAAAAGCCGAAAAGUUCCGUAGCGCCAAUGAUAUUUUUUUCUUGUUGUAGAGCAUAAUAAUUAUGAACAUUGAUUGUAUUAGUUUCCAUUAUCAAACCUAUAGUAAAUUUUUGUUUGCAUUUAAUUUUUUUCUCAAAAAAAUAAUGCGCAUUGAAAAGUUGAAAGGAAGAGAAAGGAAAUUUAGAAAUCAAAAAGUUAAAAAAUAAUCAAUUGAAAAAUUUGAUCUCGAAAGUCAUCAGAAUGAACUGAAAAUUGGCAAAAAGAGAGAAAGAUCAUAAAGGCUUCAUGAGAAUUUGAGUCAAACCUUCUGUUUUGAGCCAACUUGACCACAGAUUAAUUUUGGCAUGAACUCACUUUUUCUCUUAAGAUUACUUGGAAAAAAAAAACAUACCUAUAGAAAGUCGCUUUCCGUUCUGAUCCUGGUGUCAUCUGCGUCCAACUGUACCCGACUUCUUCUGGUCUUGGAUGAUUUCAUCUUUGACCCGGAUUUGCUAUCACAAGUUCGUAGUCACUAUGUUUCUCCAAUCUUGAACAACCGCUGAAGCUGAUAUUCAAUCUUCCCAUUUUUAACAAGAUUACCUUACAGUCAAUUGUUUUUGUAGCUUAAACUAGUCCAUGGGAAACUGUCGACUCUGAAAAUUUUACUUGAAAGUUGAAUCAAAAGUGUUUUUUAAGGCUUUUGAAACGAUUUUUUUCAAAUUCGUUCAUGGAUUCGAACAAAAAACGGUCAGGUCUUCUUUUCUUUAAAGUUUUCUUUUAACAUGAUUCGUCGAAAUUCGCUGAGAAAAGACGGGGAUCUAAAAAUAUAGUAUAUGGAUAGUCAACUGUUCAAUAGAAACAACUUGAAUCAAAAAAAAUGAGGGGCCACCUCUUUUAAGCGGAUUUUUUUGUCAAUUGCAAUUUGUCAGGUCCGGCCACGACGUUCUCGUGUAAUUUGAUUUGCCUGAAAAAUGAUUGAUAUGAAAUUAGAAAGUGUUGGGCCUCAUUUAUAAAUUAAAAUUUUCGAAUUGCAUCAGAAAAUUCAAUUUGGUUUUUAGUUACGCAAAUUUUUUUCUUACAAGAGGACAAAAAAAAAAUACAAAACAACGAAAAAUAAACUAGAGAGCUCAAAAAUUGAAAAAUUUUAACUUUAAAAAGUUUUUUAGUGUUUCCACUAGCUCUACCUAUCACGUCAUAUGACCCAUUAUUUUAUUCAGAACAAAAAUUUCAUUUUCUGCAAAAAAAAAACGUGAACUUCGUGACGAGGCGUCAAUUUCUUGAUAUCGAAAAAAAUAACACGUACAAAAAACCACGUGGCAACGUGUCAUUUCUACUUGUACGGCUUGGGUUUAAAUGUUGUUCUUGCUUCCCUCACGUUUCGUCUUGCUCCUGGAUUCAACUUUAAGAUGAGUUUUUAACUUCCAUGAAACUUCUAACUUUCAAAAUUAGUUUCUGAUUCGUAAGCGCUAGUAGAUUAGGCCCGCGGGACUCCCGGAGUGCCGAUCCUUUUUGCUUGCAAAUUGGAUACGCAAAGUCACGCCAAAGCCCAUUCCUGUGGCCGAGGCAUAAACUGUUGGCAGCGCGAUGCUGACAAAGCGAUGAUGGGACCCCCGCGGAAAAUGCCGUCACGGCUUUCGGCGUCUAGGAAUCUUAGUUCUGACAAGGCCGAGCGGAGCUCUAGCGCACCGCCUAGUUAGUUCUUUUGACUGUAUAAAUGUUCCCUAACUUACUUAAGACUUCAUAUAGCUAAUCAGUCAAAAUAUUGCGAUUCUAAUAAUGCAAUCGACUUGCUUUUCUCAAUUUUGAAUUCAUUGCAGGAAGCUUUCAACGAACGAGGUCAAUCCAUGGAGGAUCGGCCACAACUUCAAAUACUUCAAACAAAGCAGUUUGAUCUCUCAAAAAUUCUUUUUCAGUUGCUUUUUCUUCAGAAAGAAUUUUGGAGAAUACGAUCGGAAAGUGGAGAUCAACUACUACUGGAAAAAAUGAUGUGAGGUUUUAAACGUUUAGUUUCGAGAAAUUUUAUGGUGAGGAAAAAGGAAGGCCAUUAUCCAUCGUUUCGAAUUUGCCCGAGAUAUAUAAACUUUGAAAAAAAAUGUGGUUGUUGAAAACUCUCACGCCAGAUUUGGCGGUUUUAUUCAGUUUGAUCAAUUUUUUAUCGCGAGCGCGAUAAAUAAUCGAUUAUGAUUCAAGACCGCAGACACUGUGGCUGCGAAAAAAAUGAUUUAACUCUACGAGAAGCUCUUUUUGAUUCAACUUUUCAAUUUAUAUCCUUUUUUCCGCAUUUGCAUUCGUUCAUCUUCUAAAAUUCAGUUAAUCGCGUCUGCCUUCGUCAAUCAAAUUCUCUACGAAUUUUUCGCGGUCUGA